UUGGAAACGACAGGCUGUGGUCUAUCUUGGUUUAGUUAUAAAACAUGUUUGUUAAUGUGUCGUUAUAUUGUUGUAAUUAUUUUGAAGUGACUGAGGUAAGCGGAGAGGAAGUGGGUCUACAACUGACCCAUGUUUGGAAAGUUUAAUUAAUGUUCUAUUAUAUGCUUUUUCUUAAUUUCCCCCCAUCAUAAGGACCAACCUUACGGACAAUCGGCAGAGCAUACCACAGAUGACCUAAGACAUGGACAUAAGGAGAAACAUGUUUGAUGCUUUCAAGGAUCAAAUAUGGGAAGAGUUGGGACCUCUGAACCCAAACUGGUUUGAAGAGAUCACUGCUAAAGCUUCCAGUCGGGAUUGGGGUGAUACAGAGAAAGAUAAUCCCAGUGCUGCAAUAUCUUGUGGACAAGAUGGCAGUUUCAAAACACCAUUGGGGAAAUGUCCCCUUGAUGGUGAUAUGUUCUCUACCCCGAAGAUUUUCAGGCAGAGAAGACCACAGUCUCCUGAGACAUUGAUAGAAGAUGCAGUGUUUUUUCCUGAUCAAGGAACCUCUGCAACUGAAAAAAUGGACACAAGCCCAUGCUUAUUUGGAAAAUCAAUAGACAGAGGGACCCCCAGUAAAUCCUAUAGAACAAGGCUGCAUGGAGACAGUUUUGGGCUGCUUGACACACCAAAACACUCUACGGUCUUUUUAUUUCAGCAGGCACACUCUGCCAAACGUAUAUCUGAAAGUCUUGGUGCACAGUUAGACCCUGAUAUGUCCUGGACCAGUUCUCUCAAUACACCUGUCAUGUCACCCACCAUAAUUUUGACUAAAAGUGAGGAGCAUAGUCCUAUGUGCCCAGUAAGAAUUGCUACCGAAGAGCAGGUUAUGUUUGUGCGAAAGCUUUUCCCUUCGGCCAAGGAGUCUAGAAGCACAAUGCUGUCACCAGAACAGAAUGAUAGACCUCUCUGUCAACACAAUGGACUGGAUUCCCACUUGCCUGGUGUGAUUGACAUCUCCCCUGGCUUUCAAGACACGUUACCUGGUGACAGUGGCAGCCAUUGGAAACGGACUUUACCAGAUGCUAUUGAGGACGGAGAAAUCUGCAGCACAAUGGCCGGUGUCCUAGAUGGAGCCGAGGAUGUCCUCUCCAUAUUCUUCAGCAACAAAAGUUUAGCUUUACAACGGGUGAAGACCAACGAGAGAAUCAAAAGGAAGCAAAGUGGCGCAACUAAGGAACACGGACCUACUUCUACAACGGAACAUGACAAAGUAUCCAGUGAGAGAGCAGGAGAAUACCAACACACCAGGGAAACCUCUGAGCCUCUUGAGUCCAGGACUGACAUGAAGUCUGGGGAUUUGGCGACUUCUCAGUGGACUCCAAUAAAUGUACCUGACUUUUCAGGCUAUGAUAUGGAUUCAUUUCACCAUGAGGGGUCUUCCUCUACUAAACACAUAAUUCCACAAGGUGGCAAAAGUGAAACAUUCCGUGACUUCACUGGAAGCCAGCAGCCGGAUCGUGGUUCCUCUAAGCACACUGUCCAGGUGGAGUCUGCUCUUUCCAGAAGAACAUUACCAUGCACCAGCCAGCCAGAGGGAUAUCAAUUGACAGAGUCUGUAGUCGAAAGCUCUCUAGAACACACCUUUCCCAGGAAAACAAGAACAUUUGUUUACUGUGUCCAAAAUCCACUUCUGUCAGUGCAAGAGAAAUAUGUUACUCAGAUGUUACCUGCAUCACCUGGAACUGCUCCCAGAGGUGAAAAUCAGAACAUGAAACAAAGUAAAACCAUACCAGAUGAAGCUGAGUUUAAUAAUCUUAACAAAACUGCCUUGGAUGGGAAAAAGCCGCUAGUUCAGAAAAGUGCAACUGAAGAAAAUAUUGUUUCACAAGCACCAACCAAAGACCCUGAUCUUGAUAUGUCACAGCUUUGCAGGGUAUUUGCGCAAGAUUUUAGCCAAAUAAUUGACUACAGUCAACCAUGCAGCAAAAGAGCAGAUGCUAUUAAGAAUGGCUUCUCUGCAUCAGCUUGUCUCUCAGCAAUGAGACUAAGGAACAGAAAACUGUUGAAUAGACUAGAAUGGGGUCAGAAACCUGAACAUCUUAACUCUGGCAUCAGCGAGGAAAUGCAUAUUCCUGGUUCUCAGUUUAGCAACUCUGCAAACACAUCUAGAAUGAAGAGUACAGUGUGUGAUAGCGGCUUCCCCCCCUCCACCCUUUCGGAUGUCACACAAACAGAAUCAUCCAACGUUCACCCUAGCUCUGAAAAAAGUUAUGGAAAUCAAUCAUCUAGAGGGUUUAAAACGGGUAAUAACUGGAUUAUCUCUUUGCCUCCAGAAGCAAUAAAGAAAGCAAAAUCAUCAUUAGAUGACUUAAUUGAGGAAAAUAUGACUGUUGUUACUGCUGCCAGUGAAGUGAAACCUGUGUUGUCAUGUGUGACAGGAAGCCGACUGUCCACAGAAGUGAAGUUCAUUAGUCCACUCAACAUUGCCAAAAGGUCAAAGCAAACUAGCGUAAAAUUGAAUGGUCAAGUUCAUGUUCCGACCCAUCAGAGCAUCAAUGUUUCGGUUUCCUCACACCCUGGGUCUGGUUUCAAAAUGGCCUCCAAUAAGAAGAUACAUUUUUUUUCAGCAAAUCUGGAGAAAGACGAAGAUCUGUUUAAGGAGAUUGAGGAUGAAAUACCUGCAGUCAAUAUUCCUGAGAUAAGCCUUCCUGAGGACGGUAACAUGUCAUGUGGAUUGGAGCUUGUUGAUGGAUCUCAUUUACCACCUCUACUCUAUACACACCAGAGGUCUGUUAAUAGCCAAGGUCCAUUGACAGCCUCACAGAGCGCUGAUGUUUCAGAAUUGUGCAGUCUCUUAGAAGCUGCAGACAGCCAAUUUGAGUUUACACAGUUUAAACCAGCAAAGCUGAACUUCUAUGUUCCAGAUGGUAGCCCCCCUCGUCAAUCUGAGAAAGAAUUGGAUCCCGACUUUCUCACAGGCAUAGAUUUCGAUGACAGUUUCAACUCUGAUGUUGAGAAGCAAUCUGUGAAGAUGGUCACCCCUGACAAAAAGACAACUAUUUCUCAUUGCAAGGAAAUUUGCCAAGUAACAACCACCAAAAUUAAAUCUAGUGGGGCAUCAUCCAGCAAUUCAACAGAGAAAUCCAAAGAACAUGUUAUCCACAGAAGAGUACUUUACAUUCCCAGUUAUAGCUCUGAAAACAUAGCUGAGCGUUCCUUUGGUUUGUUGACAAAAUCCACAAACAAGAACCAUCUACUCGAUAUGGAUACGAACACCAGUGGAAUGGAGUGUGAACGCAAAAAUCUCCCCAAGUUGGAUGUGGGUUUUAAAACUGCUGGCGGAAAUGCUAUGAUAGUUUCAGAGAAGUGUCUGAGCAAAGCAAGGGCCUUGUUUGCAGAUUUUGAGGGAAAAAACUGUGCACCCAAGUGUGCAGUAAAAAAUACGGAAGAAGUUGAAAUUUCACCUGUUCAAUAUAGAGGCGAAGUUGACACAAAUGUUGAUUCAAAUGUGACACAUUUUCAUGGCCCUGAAAAGAAAGUAGAUCUGAAGGAACCACAUGAUGAAUACAUUGACAAGAUGAAAGUGGACUUUACACAUUCUCACACACAUGUAGAUUGUGGUUUCCAGACAGCCAGUGGUAAAGGAGUGACCAUCUCGGCAAAGGCCCUUCAAAAACCCAAUGCAGUCUUCAAAGACUGUGACGCUAUGGAAAGUUCAGGUUGUGCAUCAGAAAAGCUGAGCAAAACAAGUGUUGUAUCAGAGACUGGCAGUAAUAAUUUUGAGAGAAACAAUUGUGGCUUCAGCACUGCUCGAGGGAAGAGACUUGAUGUUUCUGCUAAAUCUCUACUGACUCUCCUGAAUGACUGUGAUGAAUUGGAGAAUUCUAAGCCAGGGAAAAUCCCCAGCUUGAAUGCAAGGAUACCAAGUCAGAAUAUUCAGCAGAAAAGUGACUGUGAUUUUAAGAAACCCAGUAUUAAAGCAGCCUCCAUAUCAGCAAGGAUCCCUUUUACAGCAAAAACUCCAUUUGAUAGUGGCAUGUCACAUGAUGUUCUAGGGGCAAAGAGCAAAAUGCUUGAACCAGAAAAUUCUCAAACCCAUGCUAAAGAUCCUUUGAAAAAUGGAUGUGGGUUCAGCACUGCCAGUGGUAAAAGAGUGUCUGUGUCAGAAGGGGCGCUAUUGAAAGCACAGGCUCUUUUGAGUGAAUGUAAUGUCGAUGGAGAGGAACUUUCUAAAUCAAAGAAAAAGAUCAGAGUAGAUCUUCAUAACCCAACACAGAAGCACAGUGGAUUUAAGAUGGCUGGUGUCAAAGAAGUUACCGUAUCACCUAAGGCCCAUAAGCAAGCACAGGCUCUUUUCAACAACUGUGAUUUCAAUAUGGACAGCUUAAUUUGUGCUGAAGCAAAGCAAGAGAAUAUAGAUGUAAAGUCUGCUGAUGGUCUGAUGAGCAAUCCAGGGAAAAGCUAUUGUGCCUUCAUGACAGCUGGUGGAGAGAAUGUGCAUGUAUCUGAAAAAGGGAUUUUGAAGGCAAAGAGCAUUCUGAAUGAAAACCUUGAUAACUGCACAGACUCAAAUGCCAUUGAGGAGGCUUGGUUUUCAGAUGGUAGAUUUUUGUUACUCACUGAAGAUGGUACAGGUGUCAAAGGAGCAAGGAACAAAUCAAAUUAUUCUGACCUCAACGGAGAUGAAAAGUGCUGUGAUUUCAGCACUGCCGGUGGGAAGACUGUGCAUAUGUCCGAUGGAGCACUCCAGAAAGCAAAGUCUAUUCUGAACGAAUGUGAUGUAAUUGGAAAUCCACAACCUGAGAAUGGCCACAACGUGCAUCUGGAAAAGAUUCCAACAAAGGAAACGCAUGAAAUCUCUCAUGUUAGUGCAGUCAGUGGGAAAGGGGUGUUUAUUUCAGAAAAGGCUCUUCAGCAUGUGAAGUCUGUGUACGUUCUGGGUGAGACUGGUAAUGUAAAACAUUCAGUUGGCAGUAAUCCAGUCGGAAGCCAUUUUGGUUUUAGCACAGCCAGUGGUAAAGGACUGUCUGUUUCAGAGAAGGCACUUCAAGAAGCGUGUGAUGAUACCCUUGCCAGGGAUACUGACCCUCACAAAAGGGCUGAAGAAAAUAGGCCACUGAAUGUCCCUUCUCCCCAUAUUAAUGUUCAGCGUGUGCCGGUCAAAGCAGUUCGACUGGAGGACCGCGAAGUGAUCCAGACCAUUGUUGGAAUGGAAUGUAAGUCUUCAUCUGUAGAAUGUCAAGAGGAGUCUUCCUUGUUAAAUUUUGAAUCGCUUGGAUUCAGUGGCUGCUCUGUGACCCAGAGGAGGUACUUUGCCCAGGAGGCCAUGGAUUGUACCAAGGCUCUUUUAGAGGACGAAGACUUGACCGAUCAUUGUCCUGGAACACCAAUCCAAGCUAACCCCAUGUCCUGCAAGGGGGGUUUUGAGAUGAGAAGUGGAAUUGGGAAAAGGUCGGCAGAGGAUUUAGGGAUGACAGACCAGCCUCCUCUGAAAAGAAAACUCUUGACCAAAUUCGACAGAACUGUGGAUUGUAUUCGACAGUCAAAACUCACUCCAGCUAAAAGCAGUUCAGAUGGUAUAUUUAAAGACAGGAGAGUCUUCAAAUAUAAUGUGCCUCUUCAACCUAAUGUCACGAGGCCAUAUCGAGCUAAUCAGAGAUGUGUAGACACAAGGCUGAAUAAGCCCGAGCCACAGAAGACGACGUCAGAUCCAACUGCCGAAGACCGUAAACCAGUUAGCUCCAAGACCGCUGUAUUUGUCCCCCCAUUCCGGAAGAAUGUCAAGCUUGAGCCACAGGGGAGCAGUGGUCUUCAGGACAAGACUAGAGCGCCUGGUGUGUUUGUUUCCCCGUUUCGAAAAAACAACCGCUUAACCAGGGAGGGUUCCUUUAAGCCUUUAGAAGAUAAUCAUUCCCCCUUCAACUCUGAAAUGCCUACCAAGACCACAUCUGUUCCACUUCCUGAGUACAACUCCAUCACUGACACUGGUAGUGAUAACGCAAAGGACUCCAUUAAGGAACAGGACCCACAAAAUAUUGACAAAACGGACCGAGGUGAUGAUUGUGGCCAUUGCCUUCCUGUCACCCUAGGAGGAGAGGAUGCCACUGCAGAGGAGUCUAUUGCAGGUCAGCUAGCCCCUGAUGCCACCGGUACCCUUCUAGAUGUUGUUUAUGAUGCAGAGUGCUUGCAGCUUGCCCGAGACAUGCAGGACAUGAGGAUCAGGAAGAAGAAGCGGCAGACCAUUAGACCUCUCCCUGGCAGCCUGUACCUGGCCAAGACAUCUGGGGUGGCCAGGCUGACCCUCAGGGAGGCUGUUGGAGGUUGGCACCCUGUACAACACACACACAAACAGCUGUAUGGCUAUGGAGUGCACCGGCAUGUUUGGGAUAUCAGCAGUGAGAGUGCUGAGGCGUUCCGCUUUGUUUGCCGACACUUCUUCAGACGCGAGGCGUUUGUAGAGGGGUGCAUUCAGCUGGCCGACGGGGGUUGGCUCAUUCCUCGCAACGAUGGAACUGCAGGGAAACAUGAGUUCCACAGAGCGUUGUGUGACAGCCCUGGCGUGGACCCCAAGCUGAUCAGUGAGGACUGGGUGUUCAACCACUACCGCUGGGUGGUGUGGAAACGGGCCUGCAUGGAGAGGGCAUUCCCAGAGGUGAUGGGCAGCCUCUGUCUCACACCAGAACAGGUGCUCCUACAACUGAAAUACAGGUACGACUUGGAGGUGGACAACAGCAAGAGGUCAGCUCUACGGAAGAUCAUGGAGAGAGACGACACGGCAGUCAAGACCCUGGUGCUUUGUGUAUGUGGUGUUGUCACCAAAGGCCAUAACCCAACAAGGCAGAGCUGGAGUGAGACCAAGACCAAAACCCCACCCGGGAGCGCCGCAGGGUCUAAAGCGAAGUCGUCCCCUGUAGGCUUGAUCUGGCUGACGGAUGGCUGGUACGCCAUCAAGGCCCAGCUGGACGUCCCACUGACCGCCAUGCUCCACCGGGGCCGCCUGGCAAUUGGGGGAAAGGUGCUGGUCCACGGGGCCGAGUUGGUGGGAUCUCAGGAUGCUUGCUCCCCACUAGAGGCUCCCGACUCCCUCAUGUUGAAGAUUGGUGCCAACAGCACCAGAGCGGCGCGUUGGUACACCAGGCUGGGGUUCUACAGCAACCCUAGUCCGUUCCUCCUCCCCCUCUCCUCCCUCUACAGCAACGGAGGCCCCGUGGGCUGUGUGGACAUUGUGGUGCUGAGGAGCUACCCUACCCAGUGGAUGGAGAAGAAGUUGGACGGAGGGUUUGUGUUCCGCGCAGGCCGUGCAGAGGAGAGGGAGGCACGGCGUCAUGGCAACGCCAAACACAGAGCCAUGGAGAUACUGUUCGCCAAGAUCCAGGCCCAGUUUGAGAAGGAGGAGGAUGGUGCCGCCUCCCCGUUUCACUCAGUCACAAAACCUUUUCCGCCUACUGAACAUCACCCAACAGUUUGCGGUAAACCCAGAGGCCGGAGACGGACCCUGCGUGGUCGAGACAUUGAGACACUGCUGGACGGGGAGGAGCUGUACGACGCGGUGGAGAAUGACCCAGUUUAUUUGGAGGGCCGUCUGAGUGAGCAGCAACGGGAGGCGUUGAACAGCUAUAGGCGUUGUGUUGGUGAGAGGAGGCAAGAGGCACUGCAGGAGCGGUUUCGCCAGGCUCUGGAAAGCACCCAGGAGGGCGAGGGCAGGAGCUGUCACAACCGAGACGUGACCCCCAUCUGGAAGCUCAGCGUCGCUGACUACAGGGCCAAGCCGGGCAGCAAUGCAGUGUACCUGUUGAAUAUCUGGCGCCCCUCCAUGGAUCUGCAGUCCUUGCUGAAGGAGGGCUGUCGAUACAGGGCCUACCAACUAUCCACGUCGGAGGGCAAGAAACGAGCCGGUAAUACCUCCAUUCAGCUCACCGCCACCAAGAGAACCCAGUUCCAGAAUUUACAGGCUUCUGCAGGGUGGUUGUCUGAGAUUUUCCAAGCCCGAGAGGCGGUCGGCUUUCGCGUUCUCCUGAACCGGGACUUAAAGCCGCUCUGUGGAGAGGUGGAUCUGGUAGGCUACGUCAUCUCCAUCACAGACAGACAAGGUCACUCUCCAGUGGUGUAUCUAGUGGAUGGCUGGCUGGACUUUGUCAAGGUGCGCUGCUGCAGCAGUCUGGUCCAGCAGGGCUUGGAGGAGGUGGUCAAGCCUCUGGCUCUGGUGGCCCUCAGUAACCUUCAGCUCAGAGCCCAUCCCUCCUCCCCCACCCCCAUCCACAGCGCCAUCCCUGGCCUAUACGCUGGAGAUCUAGUCUCGUUUUCCACCAACCCUAAGGAGCCACAUCUACAGGAGGCUGCUGCUCAACUCAGGACCCUUGUCCAGGGCCAGGAACACUUCUUCAGGACUGCAGAGGAGAGGUUAUCUAAAUUAGUCCAGGUGUCUGUCCAGUGUCUUCCUCCGCUGCCAUGGAAAGCAGAUGUGAAACCAGAUUCAAGGACUACUAUGACAUCCCAGCAGUCAGUUCGAAGCGUUGGCCCCUUCACCCCUCUGAACAGCGUCGUCCCCCCUCCACCCGCCUUCUUCUCAGGGGGGGACAACAAAGACCCCAAGAGCUUGAAAAGAAAGAGGGGCCUGGACUACCUGUGUCGCAUCCCCUCUCCCCCUCCACUCUGCCCCUUGGGCACCAUGACAUCACCCUCGCCGUGCGUCAACAAGACCUUCAACACCCCUCGCAGGGCUGAGACCCACCGGAUCCUAAAGACACCUCUGGCCCCCACUCCACAGCAUGUCCACCUGCCCCUAGAGGAUGAGUGGGUGGAGGAUGAAGAGCUGGUCAUGAUUGACACUCAGGCCUUACACGAUGGCAUAGAGAGAGACACGUGACAGAGAAUGUAUUGGACUGUUAUUUUAAAGGUUUCAGAAAACAUCAGCACAAAGCUGGUCAGCUUCUCCAAGCCCACAUGUUGAAUUUGUGUGUUGGGAAUCCACCUGGAAAGAUGUAGUGCCUUUUGUAAGCUACGGGAGGGGGGGGGGGUUUAGAGGCUAACCAUGACAUGAUUGGAGCCAGGUGAAUGUUAACACUAGCAAAUGUUGGAAAAUUAUCAUAUGGAGUUGUUUGUAUCAUCAGGCUGAAUCAAGUUAGGAUUUGGACCAUCUUGCCUUUUUGGGCCAAGGUAUUGAUGCCAACAAGGAGCCCAACAAAAUGCAUCGGACAGAAAAGGGGUUGUCUUGGAGAACUCCUGAAAUAGUUUAGUGAAAUGGCAUUAGAAGAACCGUCACGAACUGUAUAAUAUAAAUGAAAAAAUACUGUAACAUUUACAUCUUUGUGUUUAUGACCGUUUGUGCUCACAUCUGCAUGUUCACAAUAAAUGUUCUAAUGUAUUGGUAA